GCGCUCAGUUGUAGCGCGCUCGACAAAACUAGUUGCAUAUGAGUGCUUUGCAUACAGCUGUUUUUUGUCAGUUGUGCACAAUUAGGGGGUCCUACGGAGAAAUAAGAGUAUCCUCAUGCUAAGCGAAUGGCGAAAUCUUUUUCGUGAUGAUUUAGUGGUAUUUCUACAGAUGAAUAAUGUUUGUAUAUAACAACAUUGUUUAUGGAUGUGUAUUUUCGUUGAAGGGUCUCUGUAUGUAGCCAUACAUAAUGGAUGUGAAAAAUCCGUGGGAGGACUUCAUUUUUGAUCAAUCUGUUGACAAUAUUAAUGAAUCUCCUGACUGCUUUAACAGUAUCAAGCUUAGCGAUUUUCCCUUUCUGAAAAGCCAGUUUUCAACUAUCGACUACCUUAUUAAAUGUGAAAUAUGUAACGUUAUCCUUCUCCCGGAGAGUAUCUCGAUGCAUUAUGGUGAUCGGCAUUCAGAGUCCUCAAAAUCUAUUUCUGCUGUAUUACCAUAUGAAGCUGUGUCCUGGUGUGAAUGUCAAGCUGAAAUAGGCUCCAAAAAGGAUCGUGCUUCUAAGCGCACUAAGGUUGCACCCAUCAAACAUAAUAAGCGUACUGUAAAUAGCACAGUAGAUACCACUCUUGGUUCAAGCAAAGUAGGAAAGCCUCGUGCAUCAGAUGGUGUUCGGGAAAGAGAAAAGACUAAAGUUGAGAAACAUGAAGAACUCAGAGAACCAGUGCUACUGAAACUAGCGAAAUCAGACGGAAGAGUCGUGCAGGAUAACGAGUUACCGAGGAAAGCGGUGAAAGUAUCUGUAGAAAAAAAGAUCUCUGAGAGAUCUAUUUGGUCAGUUGUUUGUUCAAAAGAGCACCCAAGUUCGAGUAGUUACGGUGAACUCACUCAUAAGAGUCAGUUCGAGCAAAGUCGCCACUCGAGUAAAGAUAUGUUUGAAUGUGGUUCGGGUUUUAAUCACUCUAAUGAUUCGGGCAUUGGCUCUCAAACGCAGUCAGUUCUUCAUUGUUCGUCAUAUCCGCCGACUCCUUCCUUGUCUCCACACCUUCCAAGCUCAAGUCCGUCCAAUGUGUCCGACGAUACGAUACUUGGUUUCAGUCAGUUCCGCCCUGAAGUUCCGAAUCGCCCAGUUUCACGUUCUUCUCACUCUAGUUCCAGCAGCGGGAUUGGUUUAUUCGAACAGCAUCCUAUUUCUGAUCCUAGCAGUACUCUUCCUACAACUGUUGUCAGUGUGAAUAAUGCGAAAACGAUUGGCUCCUUUGCUUUAUCAGAUAUAAGGUCAAUGGGAAAGUGCAAAAUUAGAAGUAAACUUCCCACGGUUUGUCUCCAAAACAAUCGCAUAUUCGGUUCCACUUCCUCUCAGGCUAUGUUUGCUAAAGAAGCAUUGCCCGAAAUGGCUCUCAACAGUGUAACAGCAGCAAGUGUGUUUAGCCUUAAAAACAGUCAUCAAGAGGCGGAUUGUGAAACAGUUAAGAAUGAGAUGCGGCGAAAUGGUUUUCAUGGUUGGGUCACUGAUGAACGACCCACAUCGUCCGAAACAUGUAGAUCUGAUAACAUCAGACGUUUGAUGGCGAUUCAACGCCUAUCAACUCCUUCAAGAAACCAAAGAAUCUUGCUUAAUCAAACCCCUAGAUACAUAAAAGGUGUUCAUUUCACUCCAACUAUCAUCCCACAGUAUUACCAGGCAGAACAUUCAGAAGGUAGAAAUACUUCCACUUCUGGUGAUUCCAACCGUUUCAUCCAACCAAGUAUCAUACUACAACCAGAAAAAUCCUGUAAACCAGAUCUAUUAAGUGAUGGUUCGUCACAGACUAGCUGGCCUGAUCCAUCUGGCAUCAUGACGGAUACCGAUGAAUUACAAGAGUUCUUGGAGGAUUUAGACGAUACAUUUGAUCCCAUGACUCAAUGCGGAUGUUUAGAGUUGGAUGAUAUUAAGUGCAAAAAUUCAGUUUUAUGUACAGUGCAUACCAUCGACGAGAAACUCAGAGUGCCACGUCAGCAUGACUUACGUUAUCUGAUGCGUGAAGCAAAGAGAAGACAACAAAUCCUAAGACAAGUCCCAAACGCUUCCUGUCACCAGUUCCCGUGGAUUAUGCAGGCUUCCCGUCCACCUAGUACUGUUAUUAAUCUUACUGACGAAAUCAGUGGUAAUGAAGGUCUCUGUGAACCUUCAAGCACAUUUAAUCACUCAACACCUCACAUAUCAGGUCAUUCCCAACUGUUGCGUCAGAGUGCAAUAUUUCCUUCCCACGAUAUUCAAAGUCAUUGUUCAGUAUUCCAUAAUACAGUCAAUACAAACGGUCCUGCUGAUAUGAGAUUUAUAUCAAACAAAUUUAAUGCAAGGCUACAUCAGCGAAACAAACCAGUUGUCAUUGCACAACCAUGUGCAGUUGAUUUUAAACCACAGACGGAUGUAUUCUUAUCUUCUUGCUCAGCACAAGCUUCACCUACCAUCUCGACCUUUGAUGUCAACCACUUUCCGUUUAACCCAGUGGGAUCAGAAUCAGUUCUAACAAGUGAAUACUUUACUGAAUCUAGUACAUCUAACAUGCCCUUAUAUAUGAAUAAUAAACAGAUAUCCGGCAAUUCAACAUCUUAUCCGAAUGCUAGAUUGACCAAUGAACCUCAGUAUUCAAGUCAGCGAAUUUGCCUAUCUUCAUCUCAGCCUGCACAAAUUUGGGCCAGUCGGUUAACUCGGCAUCCUGUAGAAGGAUCUGCAGCUACAACGAUUAACUUAGAUGAUCUGAUUUCCAGUGAAGAUCUAUCAUCAGAAGAAGCUUUUGCCGAACCAUCCUUUGAGAUCAACCUUCCUCGUAAACUACAUGUCCCUAUUGCUGAACAAUUACCUCCGUCCACAGUCGUUCCUACCACCCUGUUCCCACAAUUAUCAUUCAGCAGUCGAAAGUUUCAAGAAAGUCAGGGUCGGGUGAUUGUAAAUGAUAUGCGUGAGAAAUGCAUCACUGGAAGGAAUAGAAAGACUGCUCGAGCCACUUAUCGACCUUCAGGUUCUUCCACAAUCCAAGGUCCUACUCUUACCAGUUUGUUACACUUGCGUAAUCAACAAACACAACAGCAAAGUCAGUUUCAACCAAUUUCUGGAUUUAUAGGUGGUUGUAGAGUCAGUUCUGCUGAGCAUAUCCCGCCAAUACGAGCAGCUAUCGUGAAUAAAACAAGGUCAACAUCAUCUAUUACAGAUAUUUUAAAUUGUAAGAUGUCUUCUUCAUCUGUCUUUGAAUCACAAGAAAAGAUGGAUAUGUCAGUAAACACUUUGAAUCCUCAACUAGUCUAUUCACCGUCAUUGAUAGCUUCAAAUGAACCGUGCACAUAUGUUGGCUUGUCUUCUAAUUAUUCCACUUCUUCAUUAACUCCUUCAACUACUCUUAGCUCAAGAAUUUCUAAUCAGGUGUUAGAUUGUUCUGUUGAUAGCACAUUAGAUACACUAUAUAUCCCAAAUUCUUUACAAACUUGUCCAACUACAAUAUCUCCUAGUAUUUCUGCUCAUCCUUUGCAUUCCAAUUCUAGACCCAAUAAUUACUACUUUCAACGUACCUUACAAUUGAAUCAACCACAAACUAGGACAUUGUUUGCACAUCCAGUUAGUUGUGCUCAAGUUCAGACGAAUGAAACUACUCCAUAUUUGAUAGCAUCAUCAUCCUCAUCCUGCUCCUCCUCUUCCUCCUCCUUAUCAUCAUCGUCGACAUUAUCAACAAAUCGUUAUUUUGUUAUUCGUCCAAGUGCAAUCGCACAAACACCUAAUCUAGUCGUUUGUGCUGCUAAACGCAGGGAUUCUUUUACCAUACCUAGUACUACUACAAUUAAUAUUAUUAAUAAUAAUAAUAAUAUCAAUAGAUCUUCUGAUGAUAGAUGAUAUGCGCAAAUAUGUAUAUGUAUUGUGUAAAAUCUACUUUACGCUUUUGUAUUAUUUCUCAAAGCAUUUCAAUUUUCUUUCCUCCCACUCCUGCCCCGUAUGUAUUUUUUUUUCCAGUCUUCCAUUGAUAUGCAUUAAAACGUAUUUUUUUUCGCUUAAAAUUUUUUUUCUGUUGCCAUGUAUGUAAAAUAUUGAUUCUGUUUGUGAUGACUUCGAUUCCUUCUAAAACUUGUGUUCACAGUUACUACUUACGGUUAGUCGUAUCCCUAUCAUCGCCAAUUGUGUUUUUCCUAAUGAAUCGAUUCCUUAAUUUUGUACAAGUGAAACAAAAAGCAAUAGCAACAAACUUUAGCUGUUUUCUCAUAUUUUUUUUUCUUUUUUUGUCACAAUGUAUAAAUGAGUUGGUCGAGUGAAUGAUAGUGUGCUUCAGAGUAAUGAAUAAUCAUUUAUUUGACGAUCUCCGCUUUUUUAAGCUAUUACAUUGUCCUUUUUUUUCGGUCUUUCUGUAUGUUGUCUGGAUGAGAGAGAUGAUAAUAUUUCAUGUAAAUUAUUUUAUAUUCAAAACUUGAGUUUGAAUCACAUGUUUGUUUAGUCGUGAAGUGAAUUUUGCAUAUAUUGUCACAAUUAUUAGAUAGGCUGAAUUCGAAGGGGAA